CAGGCACCAGAUCCAAAACUCCGCCCCGCGACAAUGGAAGGACUGAACAAGCGCUUAUACAACCACCUCUCGACAUGCCUUUGUCUUUGUCGUUGCGAGUUAUGGCUUAGAUACGCUUUGUCACAGCUUGAAUAACAAUUGCUCAAUGAAUUGUCGCUAGACCUGACAUUUUACCCCUUACUGCUAACAAAGCGUUUUAGAAUCAAGAGGGCAGAGGGUCGACUGUCUCUCCCCGUCUGCCGUUAUCAAAUGGCAGAAGUUGCCGCUCUCCGAAAAGAUCGCCAGAUCAAAUACUUCCUUCGAUGUCUGAAAACGUUUCUUCCGCAUCAGUAUACUUCCAAUGACUCAAGUCGAAUGACCCUGGCCUUUUUCAGCCUCGCUGGCCUUGAUCUGCUUGACGCGCUGGACGACAACCUCUCCCUGGCAGAACGCAAGGGCUACAUUUACUGGAUAUACCAUUGCCAGGUACCCUCUGGUGGCUUUCGGGGAUUCCCAGGGACGAUCUUCGGGGAUUCUAAGAGGACUGAUGAAAAUGAAUGUUGGGAUCCCGCGAAUGUUCCCGCCACGUUCUUUGCGCUCAUGGCUUUGAUUGUGCUGGGUGACGACUUGACCCGUGUUAAACGGAGAGAAUGUUUACUGUGGCUACGCAACAUACAACGGGAGGAUGGGAGUUUUGGAGAGAUUUUGGGGCCCGGAGGACAGAUUGAGGGAAGCAAUGACUUACGGUUUUGUUGCUGUGCGGCUGGUGUACGAUAUAUAUUACGGGGGAAAGACGCGGAUUAUCUUAAGGAUAUUGAAGACAUCAAUACUAACCGUCUCAUCUCUCAUAUUGAAGAUUGUCAGUCAUAUGAUGGAGGGUUUUCAGUGUCACCAAUGACCGAAUCGCAUGCUGGUCUGACGUACUGUGCCCUCGCCUCGCUUUCAUUCCUUGGUUGCACACCGCCUGCCGUCAGCCAUAGUAUACCGUUCCUCUCCGUUAAAACGGCAAAAUUCGAAGACUUGAUCCGUUGGCUAGCAUGGCGGCAGACGGCAGACCUUGAAGAGGUUGACGAAGGCGAAAGUGGCUCUGAGAAGCACAUAACUCCUGGGGUGGAUAGAUCAAUAGAUGAACAAAUAUCUGCACUCCCAGAUAUACUAUCUCCCCCUCAGCGGCCAAGUGAGCAUCUCCAUUUGGCUGGAUUCAAUGGUAGAUCGAACAAAAUAGCCGACACAUGUUACUCAUUCUGGGUAACUGGAACACUGGGUAUUCUGGACAGUCUUAAUGUUAUCAACGCAGAAGCGGGUCGUCGCUAUCUCCUUGAGAAAACGCAGCAUAUCAUAGGGGGAUUCGGAAAGUGUGUCGGCGAUCCGCCAGAUCUCCUCCAUUCCUACCUUGCAUUAGCAAGCCUUGGUCUUCUUGGCGAAGCCGGGAUUGCCAGCGUCGAUCCAACAUUCUGCACUAGCAAACGAGCACGCCAGCACCUGGAGUCUCUCACUUGGUGGACUGGCGUGGAAUCCAAAAAAUAGGCGGGCGGGGAAAUAAUUUUUUUUCUGUUCCCUGUUAAAAACACAGAUUGGGCCCCCACGAAACGGGAACAUCGAAUAGGACUUGUAGCCAUUUAAACACUGCACGGGUAAGAAGCUUUGAGAGAGGGUGGGAUUUGCGAGACCCAAGUUCUUCAACGGGUGUGAAAAGAUUCCGAAUGAAUGGGUACUAUCGGGACGGCGAUAACUAAGGCGUUCGAUAUUUCCAUUAGUGAAAUAAAUUCCAUAGAUUAAUGACGAUACGAAUAUAUGCAUUAGGUAUAACUACUUGCUAGCUUGGGCGACCAUAGAAUUGUUAGUUUGAGGUCCUAGCAGAGCGCCAGUUAGUUAUGGCUCUCCGGUCGCGAGAGAACAGGUACCUUGUUACUAUAUUACAUCAGGUUUGUAAGAAUGAGGAAAAUGUCAUUUUUGGCAAACUCUUAGAGAAUUCACCGUUUCCAACGGGCGGUUUGGUUUCGAAGUUGGGUUUUAGAAUUCAAUACAGUCCGGUGCAACUUCACAAGAUUUUUGUAUUCUAUACUAUGGCUUGCUCCAUCUAGAUUUUGAUCGAUGUAUAUAUAUUCGUUCUGUAGAUUCGGUUCAUCAUAUGAAUUGAAUUGAGUACAGAGGCUCGACGAAACAGAUGGAUGUGUUUGCUUGGAUAUUUAGCCUGAGUAUAUAUAUAUGCUUGUCAUAUCGUACCGUACUAAGCGGGAAUUUUCCAGAACUAUGCUGCCGUCAUAAAUUCUUGGUCACGAACAGAGCAACUUCUGCUUCUGAUAAAAUUCCCUAAAAUCAAUGAAAUAG